AUGAGUCUUCGCAUUGUUGUGGACGAACCCACCAAGAAAGACCUGAGGGAGAAAUUCUUGAAAUGCCAAAGUUUGUUUUAUCUGUCUCAGCUGGAAAAGAGCCGAAUUGCUGCAGAUCUGCUAGCCAGAUCAGGCUCUCCUUCUUUGGACUAUUCAUUUGGGUACACAGACCUUUCCAUCAGUCUGACUCCUAUUGAGGUCGAGUUGAUCCUGGGGGAUAGGUUUGAGCUGUUCGAGUACGUGCGACGUCUGGGACGAUUGCGGGCUUUGAAACCGUACUUAUUGGAGUUCAAGAACGAGUCCUUCCUUAAUUUCCUAAGAGCCAGACUGCGAGUAUAUUCCAAUUUGGUGAAAGACAGUACACUGACAUAUAUUGAUGGAAUUGGAAUGAUCACAGACCACAGAGAGCCAUUUAACGAGCUGAUGUAUCAGGAAGCGUACUACAUGGCACGUCCCAGCAACUGUCGGCUGAUUCUGGGGUUUGAGAAGCUUGUUGAGUAUGUCUGUCGAUUGGCCAAGACUUACGGCAACCACGAUCUGGCGUACCGUAUGGUUUUUGGGUACGAUUCGUCGAUGUUCAACAAUAUCGGCAAUUGCAUUCGCAUGGUGCGUCCGUUCGAGAUGAUGAGUUUCCAAAUACUCGAUUUCGAAGACCAUUUGUGCAACUCUGGAUUUGCAAUGGUGAGCGACUCAGACACGGUGGGCGAGUCUCUGUUUCGCUAUGUGCUACAUUUACAGGACUGUGCCACCAAGUACAACUUUCUAAUGCCACUAGAGAGCUCGAGCUACGCAUCUGUGGGGAACUUCCUCAAUUUUUUGUUCUUGACGUUUCGGGAGCCACGAGAGCUGGUCUUUGAUGGUUUGGAAACUGCCGAGUGCAAGGACUUCAUCAAGAUGUUGGGCAAGAUCCUGAACAUCAAGGUGUCAUUGCAAGUGGACAAUAUCAAGUUCACAAACGGGAGUGUGUCGUUGCACCUGGAAACAUUAAUUAGCGCGUCGAUGAAGUUUUUCCAUAGUCGGAACUGGGCUCCACAGUUGAGUGUGAUUUGCAAGAUCCUCAACAAUCUGAGGCUUUACGGGUACGACCACAUCAACGAGGAACUGGGCCGGUUCAAUCCUGCAGAGCUAUUGUUCAACAGCAACGAAGACCUGCGUGAAUUGAUUGGAGAGUCUGAUUUGGACGAGCUGAUAAGACUUUGGGAAGAGAACGAGAAACAGCUAGAGGAGACCGACCAAAGCAUCAUCGAGGUGGACUCGGUGCCGAUGAACGGCAAGGAAAAUGGACACAAGGACGAACGAGACUACGAAAGUCUACGGAGCCAGAUCGAAACGAUUUAUAAACGAACAAAUGGAUGA